CCGAGGCUCAUCGUGGACGAGAGUGUCCAUUGCCAUUUCCCUUUCGAGCUGACGCCAGCCACGGGAACCUCGCGCUGUAUAACACCAGAGCCGUCUUCCAGGCACUUAACCGCUGUGUAGCAGUCAGCCGUAACCUCAUCUCACCUACUUGGUCGACCUCUGCAAAAUGGCUCACCCAGCGCCCGGCCAAAAGACGGUCCUCGUCACUGGAUGCACGCCCGGCGGCAUUGGCUAUGCUCUGUGCAUCGAGUAUCAGAAAAGAGGCCUCUUUGUCAUCCCUACCGCCCGCAAGCCAGAUGUCCUCCACGACCUGGCGGCAAAGGGCAUGCGCACCGUCGUGCUCGACGUGACAAAGGCCGACAGCAUUGCCGCUGCCCAUAAGGAGGUGGCUGCCAUCACCGGCGGCAAGCUCGACAUUCUCGUCAACAAUGCCGGGCGUACACACACGCACCCAGCCACAGACCUCGACCUCGACGAUGUCCGCAUGACCUUUGAGACCAAUGUCUUCAGCGUCAUGGCCAUGUGCAAGGCCUUCGCGGACCUCCUCAUCGCCUCAAAGGGCCUCAUCAUCAACACCUCGUCCGUGUCCUCGGUGGCACCGUACUGCUUCGGCGCCGCCUACACGGCAACCAAGGCCGCCGUCGCCGCCUACUCGCGCGUGCUGCGCAUCGAGAUGCGCCCCUUUGGCGUGCGCGUCAUGGUCACCAUGACCGGCACCGUCAUCAGCAACAACGCCACCCACAACAACCGCUACCUGCCCCCGGACAGCCUGUACCAGCGCGUCAAGGACCUCUUCGAGUUCCGCGUGACCUUCAGCCAGACCCAGGCGUCGAUGCCCGCCGAGGACUACGCCCGGCAGCUCGUCACCAAGUCCCUGAAGCCCGAGGUGAACCUGUUCUGGCGCAACUGGUUCGGCCGCCCGGACUGGUUCUGGUACGGCGGCAUGGCCAAGCUGUUGUGGUUUGGCCACUCGUUCCUAGGUGAGGCGUAUGUCGACUGGGCCUCGUGGCCCACGUUCCGCCUCGCGAAGCUUCAGCGCAUGGUCGAGGAGGACGACAAGCAGAAGAAGCUUGCCUAAACUUGAUUCUGGGAUUUGAAACAAAAAGCUAGGCAAUUCAGCGCACCGGCGACGAAGGUCAUGGGCCGGAUUGUGGCUGCUAGCCAAUAUCUUUAUGUGGUUCAUCCGUCUUGAGCGAAUUGAAGGCGACAAGAAUCGUAGCACCCAGGCUAUGGCAUUAACAGGAAUGCGGUGCUAUGCAUGGAUUGCGCAGAGGUUGCUUUGCAACCGAAACCUGUCAUGUCGAACGAAUCACCGAGUUAUUAGCUAGCCUUGUAUCACAUUUGGAGGGGAAAAGAAAGAAAGUCACUCUAG